UGACCGCUCGAAUGAAGAGAAGAAUCUAUUUAAAGCGUAUCGACUGCAACCCUUCAACUUCGACACAACCUAAAAACCCUUUGAGAUUUCCGAAGAUCGAUUCAAAACCCUAAGAAAGCAGUUAGGACUGUCCAAGCUAUAGCCUCGAAAAGGAUUAACAAGGAGCUUAGGGACCUGCAAAGGGAUCCUCCUGUCUCAUGCAGUGCCGGUGAACUAUCUUUUAUGGACUUUAAAACACCACCUUUAACUUAAAAGUUGGGAUCUUUUUCUACUUACUAAGACGCACCUAGAGAGACUCAAUAGCUGCUUUUAGCAAACUCGGUCCUGUGGGAGAUGAUAUGUUCCAUUGGCAAGCAACUAUCAUGGGUCCAUCCGAUAGCCCGUUCGCCGGAGGUGUGUUUCUUGUUUCCAUUCACUUCCCGCCAGAUUACCCCUUCAAGCCACCAAAGGUUUCUUUCCGCACAAAGGUUUAUCACCCGAAUAUCAACAGCAAUGGCAGCAUCUGUCUUGACAUUCUGAAAGAGCAGUGGAGCCCUGCGCUUACCGUAUCCAAGGUUCUUCUGUCGAUCUGCUCAUUACUGACAGAUCCAAACCCUGAUGAUCCUCUGGUUCCAGAAAUAGCUCACAUGUACAAGACAGACCGAGUCAAGUACGAGACCACUGCCCGUUCCUGGACCCAGAAGUAUGCAAUGGGAUGAGCGGGGAUUGGCAAUAAUUAUCUGCACAAGUGCAUUGCACAUUGUCUAAGAAGAGGAGAAAUAAGAAAGGAAAAAAAAAACACUAGAGUGUGGCUUUUGCUUUAUUACUUUUAUUAUCUUAAGCCGUGUGUUGGGGUGUACAUGAGCUUUUUUUUACUAUGUCUAGUUGAGAUAUUGCAAUGCUUUGAGUGAAUAAAUUGGCUAUUAUAUAUGAUUAAGAUGUGUCAGACUCUUGCUAAUGUGUAUGAAGAACAUACAAACUUCUCAAAUAAUAUUCAUUGCUUGGUGGGUUAA